UUAUGUGUCAGUAUGGGCUCCAGUGCACUGUCUCUCACACUCUUGCUGAUGUCCUUCAUCCACUCUGGACUCACUCAAGAGAGACCAAAAGCUGUAGUGAAGGUGACUCCAGAUCAGCGUGUGUUCAGAGGAGAGACAGUCACUCUCAGAUGUGACAUACAGAGAGCAGGAGACAUUCAGUGGACAUACAGCUGGUUUAAAGAUGGAAACACUUUAUAUCCAUACACAACAGCAGCAGAGAUCAGUUUCACAGCAUCUGUGUCUUACAGUGGUGAAUACAGCUGUAGAGGACAGAGAUCAGACACCAGCGCUGCUGUUACACUGACUGUAUCAGAUUUACCCAGAUCUACACUGACUGUGACUCCAGACAGUCCUGUAUUCACUGGAGAGAGAGUGAGUCUGAAGUGUGUGAUAAACUCUGAUCACAGUGUCUGGAGAUAUGAGUGGGAUAAAGGCAGCACUAAAGUGUCUGAGCGUCACACUGUAAACAGAAACACUCUCACUAUUGAACGAUCUGAAACAUCUGAUGCGGGUCAGUACACGUGUAGAGGACACAUAGAUGGAAGAUCAGUCUCAUCACAAUCAAGCUCUGCUGUUUCUCUCUCAGUGAAGGUUUUACCAACAUCUACACUGACUGUGACUCCAGACAGUCCUGUAUUCACUGGAGAGAGAGUGAUUCUGAAGUGUGUGAUUGAGUCUGACAGUGACUGGAGAUGGAGAAAUGUCCUGACAUAUGACUGGAGAUCUGACUGGACAUAUUACCAGACGGAGUGGAGAUAUGUGUGGUAUAAAGGCAGAAAGGACAACAAUGUGAUUUUAAAGCACUCCCAACAUUACACUGUAAACGGAGACACUCUCACUAUCAGAGGAGCUACUGAGUCUGAUCAGGAUCAGUUCUGGUGUAGAGGAGAGAGAGAUGAAAGACCAAACUCAUCACAAUCAAGCUCUGCUUCUCUCUCUGUGAUGGAUUUACCCACAUCUACUCUGACUGUGACUCCAGACAGUCCUGUAUUCACUGGAGAGACGGUCAAUCUGACGUGUGUGAUAAACUCUGAUCACAGUGACUGGAGAUAUGAGUGGUAUAAAGGUACAAACAACAGUGUAAUGUUACAAACGUCUGAGCGUUACACUGUAAACACAGACACACUCACUAUCAGAGGAGUGAAUGAGUCUGAUCAGGAUCAGUUCUGGUGUAGAGGACAGAGAGAUGGAAGACCAAACUCAUCACAGGAGAGUGAACGAAUAAAUCUUUCUGCUAAUGCGUCACGUUCAGCUCAGAUUUCUGUCUUCAACAUCCUCAGUUUUCUUCUGGCAGCUUGUCCGUAUCUGCUGGCGACAGUCGUGCUGCUCUUCAAAUGCUGCAGAGCGAGAGUUAUAUCUACUGAAGACCAAAGCCAGUACGUGGUAACAGAGGAAUAAUCAUCUCUUCUCCAAACCUCAGAGUCACAGGAUGCUGGAGUCUCAGGCUGAAGGCUGGGAAACACACUGGACACGAGCAGUCCAUCACAAGACUAACACACACACAUUCACACUCUCACUCAAUCCAGUGUCUCUGAUUCACCUGCGCUGUAGAUUAGAUUGUGAGAGAAACCAAACCAACACACGGAGAACAAGAUAACUCCACACAGAAAGACCUCCUGCUCAUCAUCAUCUCCAAAACCAGUUUCUUAAUGUGUGUCAGAUUCACUGUAAGCUACUGAAAGCUGCCCUUUAAAUACUACUAACAACAAUAAUGUCAAAUUACAUCUGAACAACAUGCAUUUUUAUGAUGCUAUAUGCUUUCUGUCGUCGGAGUAAAAGGAGUUUAAGUGUAAUUCUAAAAAUGUCCCUUUGCUGUUAAAUCUUUACUGAAUUUUGAAGUAAAAGUAACUUUUAUAGUGUUAGUAAUAUUUCAAGUCAAACACUUACUGGACUGAAGCAACUUAUGUUUACCUGAUUAUCCAAACAACUGUAUUUGUUCUUCUCUCAAUUAUCAUUGUAUUGUAUUAUAUUUUCAACAAACGUAUUUAAAUAUAAUUCAUGUAAAUAUUCUGUUAUUCUGUUCUAAAGAUUAUCAGCUACAGAAUUAUAGCUCCAUAUAACUAUUAUCAUCUGCACCAAAUUUCUCAUUUUUGUUCAGCUUGGGCCUCGGAGUAAAAUUGUGUUUUUUCCUCUAAAUUUGAGCUC